CCCUCACUCCUCAUUACCGACCUCAUCGUCCACUUUUCUUCCCCCAGGUCUAUUUGGCAGAAUGGAGGGGUCAAAAGGUAGCGUUGUCCAAACUGUCCUCUCUGGAUUACCUGGAGGAUUUCCUCCAUGGAUUGUCUAUGCUACAGCUCCUGCAGGGCCCUCGGGUGGUGCAGCUGGUGGGUUUUUGCCUUAAAGACUACACCCAGGUCACGGAGCACCAUCCACAUGGCCCCCUCCUUAAUUUGGAAGGUAUUCUUGAACAGCAACAGCACCAGCAACACAAUACAUGGCAGGCCCGGCUGAGGUUGGCUAUAGACUACGUCCUCAUCCUGCAUUACCUCCACAACAGCCCAGCUGGGCGGCGGGUCAUGUGUGACUCCAACAGCCUGGAAAAAACCUUGUCCCAGUUUCUGCUGACAAGUGACUUUCACCUGGUGGUGAACGAUCUCGAUGCGCUACCUGAGGUGGACACACCCAACGGCCUUGGGGUAAAAUGUGGUCAUCGGGAGCUCACUGGGGACUUUGUUGCCCCAGAGCAGCUGUGGCCCUUCAGAAACGCAGGAACGCAAUUUUCAGACGAUCUCAUGCCUGAGUACGAUGAGAGAACAGACAUCUGGAAGAUCCCUGACGUGACAUGGUUCCUGAUGGGAAGGGUACCUGGGGGGGAUGUAGUCCAUUUCCAUCUCUUUCAGAUCCACCAGGAGUGUAAGAGGGAAGACCCCAGGCUCAGGCCUUCAGCUCUGGAUGUGUCCAAGGUGUACCAAUCAGUGUACAGCAGCAUGGUGCAAGACAGUGCUGGCUUUAGAGACAUGCUGUAGAAUGUGUGAGUACAUUUCUGACUCGCUUAAAAAAACCUGAACGUUAAAUAGAAGCUACAGUUUCACAAUCAGGUGUAGUAUAAUAUAGUGCUUACUGAAACUGCUCUCUUCCCGAGGAUUUCCCUCAAUUUAUCCAGAUAGCUCAGAGGGACUAAAACCUUUACGCAAGCGGGUGUAUGAACUUGUUAAAUGAAACUUUAACAUGUAUUGUUUGCAGUGACGUGCGGUGAGGUCAAUGCCUGGGGAGGCAUGGACAGUAUAUUACACUUUUUUUUUUACUAACUACC